UGCUACAUCACCCUGACACAGUCUCUCCACCUCUGCAUGGGGGGGGCCCCCGCCGGCCCCGCGGGCACCGGGAAGACAGAGACCACCAAGGACCUGGGCCGGGCGGUGGGCAUGAUGGUCUACGUCUUCAACUGCUCCGAGCAGAUGGACUACAAGUCCUGCGGCAACAUCUACAAGGGGCUUGCUCAGACCGGCGCCUGGGGCUGUUUCGACGAAUUCAAUCGCAUUUCGGUGGAGGUUUUGUCUGUGAUUGCUGUGCAGGUGAAAUGUGUUCUAGACGCAAUUCGUGCCAAGAAGAAAACAUUCCAUUUCCUUGGAGAGAAAAUUGCUCUGAUCCAGUCGGUUGGGCUGUUCAUUACCAUGAACCCUGGCUACGCAGGACGGACAGAACUGCCUGAAAAUUUAAAAGCUCUGUUCAGACCUUGUGCCAUGGUGGUCCCCGAUUUUGAACUGAUCUGUGAAAUCAUGCUUGUUGCAGAAGGUUUUAUUGAUGCUAAGCUUCUAGCAAGAAAGUUCAUUACUCUGUAUACACUCUGCAAAGAGCUACUGUCUAAACAGGACCACUAUGACUGGGGUCUGCGCGCUAUCAAGUCCGUGCUGGUGGUAGCGGGCUCCUUGAAGAGAGGGGCCCCCAGCCGCGCCGAGGACCAAGUUCUCAUGAGAGCUUUACGAGACUUCAACAUCCCCAAGAUUGUGACAGAUGACUUGCCCGUCUUCAUGGGGCUGAUUGGAGACCUGUUCCCAGCCCUAGACGUCCCCAGGAAGAGGGACCUCGACUUUGAGAAGAUCAUUAAGCAGUCCAUGCUGGAGCUGAAGCUGCAGCCAGAGGAGAGCUUCGUGCUGAAGGUGGUGCAGCUGGAGGAGCUGCUGCAAGUGAGACACUCCGUCUUUGUCAUCGGCAACGCCGGCUGUGGCAAGUCCCAG